AAGAGAGGGGUGGGGGGGCUAAGCGGGGUCUCCCUUUUUGGGGAUAGCAGGGUCACCGUGUGUUGUCGUCCCCGUGUCCCCCCCACCGCAAGGCUGUCCCCCACGGACACCCCCCUGCCUCGGACAUCCCCGUGACACGCUGUGCGGUGUGUGUCCCCCCCCCUCCAGGGGGGUGCAGGGUGCGAGGGUCCCCGUCCCCCCAACCUGGGCCUUGCUCUGCAGGAAGCACGGCUGCCUCUGACAGCUCUGCCCUUCAGGGGUGUCCCCUCGGGGUGGGGGUCGCUGCCGGGGGGGGGCAUCCCGGAGAGGCGAGCCUGGGCUGUCCGUGGGAUCCCGUUCCCCCCGGUCCGGUCUGCUGCAGUCCUGACCCCAAAGGGCUCCAGCAGAGCCACAGUAGAGCUUCCCUUUUGCUUUGCUUUUAUCCUGCAAAUAAAUCCGCUUCCCCCCAACUCGCAGCAGCCUGUAGAGCAGCGGCAGAGCCCAGGCGAGGGGGCUGAGCUGUGUUUUCCAUAGCCCUUGGCUGCUGAGGUGGGCGCAGCGCUGGCAGGGAUGGUCCCUGGUGCUGGAGGGGGUGCUUAUGGUGCUGGAGGAGGGGGGUGGAUGUGCUGCCUUGGGGCAGCUGCCCAGACUCCUGCCCUCGCUGGUAACUGGCUUCUGAGGGAUUGUCUAUAAAUCGGAUUUGUUCUGGAGCCUGCACGGUGCCUUGAGGUGAGGCAGGGAUCCCGAACUGCUCGCUUGGAGCAGAAUGUCGCAGCCCCUCGUUUGGGCUGCUCGGUGGCCCUUGUCCCCAGGCAGAGGGGAGCCUGCUGGGAUAGGAGAGGUCGGGGCCCACCGCGGAGAGAGGAGAGCUCGAAGGAAGACGCGUGUGGUGAUCGGGACUGAUUUAACGUGGCUCUGACCCCGUCGGUCUGAGGGCAGCUGGGCUGCGGCCAAGGGCGCGUGGGAAUGUUAAAGGAUGAACAGCCGUGGCUGAGGGCAAGAGAGCAGCCAGCGAGCGUUGGGACCGAGCUGACGGAGAGCCCUGAGCCGGAGGCAGGCUGCCAGGCUUGAUAAACUGCUUGUCCCAGCUUGCCCGACCUGAUGAGCCACGGCUUUAUUGUUGUGCAAGGUGCAGGGCUUGCAAGGUCCUGAUCCUGCAGCCGAAGUCUUGCCUGUAAAGGUGCUGAGCGCUCGGCUGGAACGGUGCUGGAUGCGGGGCUGCGGCGCAGUCGCAGCGGAGUGAGGACAGUGCCGUGGGUGGUUGGGGACGCGGUGGAGGAACCGCAGCUUGCAGCAGCAUCGGCAGGCAGCACCCAGUGCCCUCGCUAUGUCAGCGCUGUCCUGCGCGGCAGCUCUGAGCUUAGCCCGGGAACGGUCUGGAUAGAUGUACCCUGCUGAAAAAAGCUCACGUGCCUUUCCAGCCAAAUCGGUCUUGCUGUCUGCAGCACAGUGUGGGACGUCCCACUGCCUGCACGUCCUGCUGCCCACACGUCCCGCUGCCCGCUCCUUCCCGGCCACUGCUCUGGCCCUGCUCCCUGUUGCACAUGAGUCUCGGGCUUCCUGCGUCUCCAGAACAGUGCUUUCGUCUCCAGAACGGUGCUUUCGGCUGCCUGUCCUUGAUGCCCGCCCUAGGGCUGUGCGGCUGUUAAACACGGGUGUGAGAGGCCGUCUCUGCCAGCUGUCCAUCAAGAUGUUACAGGUACCGCUGCCCCUGGAUCGAGAUGGGAUCCUCUUCCGGCUCCGUUUUACCACGCUGGCCGUUGGGACUGUGUUUUGCCCACUCUUUGGUUUCCUUUUCUGUGUGAUCUGGUCUCUGCUGUUCCAUUUCCAGGAGACGACAGCAACCCAUUGCGGGGUCCCUAACUACCUCCCCUCCAUCAGUGCCGCUAUCGGAGGCGAGACUCCCCAGCGUUACGUCUGGCGCCUCUGCAUCGGCCUCCACUCGGCUCCCCGCUUCCUGGUGGCAGUCGCUUACUGGAACCACUACCAGAGCUGCCACUGCUCGCACCCUCGCUACCUGCGCUUGUGCCACUUCAACCUGCUGCUCAACCUGCUUGAAAACUUCGCCCUCCUUAUUCUGACGUACGUGUCCUCGUCUGAAAACUAUGCAAUCCACGAAAAUGCCUUCAUCGUCUUUAUCACGUCGGCUCUGGGCCACAUGCUUCUGACGUGCAUCCUCUGGAGAAUGACUAAGAAACACACAGUAAGUCCCGAGGAGCGCAAGUCAUACAAGUGGAAGCAGCUGUUCUUCUUCUUCACCUUCAUCACGUUUGCGUUUGCCGUGUGCGUCUACUUCCACCACAACUGGUACUGCAGCCCUGGAGGUAAGGGGGCUGGGGCAGGGCUGUGGUCCCCCCGUGGCUCGGCUGUGCAUGGGGAAGGGGCUGGGGUGACACCUUGCCUGCCAAAUCCCUGGACAGAGGCAAAGACAGCUCCCUCGCGAGAGAAGGUGCCUGGCCGCCCUUCUCCUCCCACCUGGGUUCAAGCAGGGGAUGAGCCCCCCUGCUGCCCUGGAGGGGUGCCUCAGGAGAUCCCCCAGCUCCCCGGGGCAGAUCUGGCUGCAGGCUCCCCUCACCUGCUGUGUUUCCUCUGCCAGUGUACACCCCAUCUUCGCCUUCCUGGAGUACCUGGUUGUCCUCUCCAACAUGGCCUUCCACAUGACUGCCUUCUGGGACUUCGGCAACAAGGAGCUGGUGGUGAGCUCGCUGCUGGAGGACAAGCAUUUCUAGCCGGCCUGGUGCCACAGCCGGCCGUGUGCUGGCCGUGAUGCCGGUGCCAGGUGGGGGCUGCUCUUCCCCUGGGGGAGGCAGAGAACUUCUUCCCUCUCCUGCUGCCCCCAGGGCCGGGGCUGGAGCGUUUGCUGUGGAGCUGCUGCAAGGAUCAUCCCGGGGUCCCGGACCCCACAAUUGUCUGUACAUGGUCCCUGGCUGUGCCUGGAGCUCUCUUACAGGGGAGCUGGGGGCUCUUGCUGAGGACCCUCGAGGCCAGUACUCCCUGCCCUUGCUCCCUGCUGCCUACCGGGAUGGGCAGGAGGACAGAGGAGAGGGGCACGUACCUGCUGACUGUUUCUUUGGAGGAUGCUCCGGACAGAGCAGGAUUCUGCUCCCAGCAUCAGGGCACGGGGGCGAGUCUUGCCCUGCCCCUGCUUUGCCUGGGUGGUCUCAUGGUUCCUCCUCCAGGCUGGGGGUCCUUGGCCAAGGUCCUCAAAAAGGGCUGGUGGCCUUUUUGGCCUCGAAGCUUAAGGCAGCCUCAGGAGAAGGAGCACUUUCUGCCCCUGCAUCUCUCUGGUUGCACUCCCAAAACGGAGCAGCCUGCAGCCUUGUCUUCUUAGAAAGCCUUUGCUGCAGGGCUGGGGCUGGGGCAGAGCCGGGCCCAUGCUGCGAGCGCGGUGCUUGGGGCUGGGUCCGGACUCCUUCCGAGCCUGGGGUGAGCACGGGAGCCGCGGCUGGGGGCUGGCCCCGGGCACUGCUCUCCCGUCCGGGGCUGGGGCAGGGUCCCGGCUCAUCCGUGCCUGUGUCGCUGGGAGGGCAGCGUCUUCGAACGUACCAGCCUGUGCACAGACUGUACAGGAGAAAGGCAGGAGGGCGUGAGCGCAGGGGUGCACGGGGCACAGCAGAUGCUGAGAGCAUCCACGCUCUCCUGCUCUGCCUUUCCCAGAAGCCCCCUCCAGCAAGCAAAGGGUGCUCGCAGGGGUGCUGGGCUCUGGUUCAAGCCCAGUUUGGGGAGGAAGGGCGAGUGGACUGGUGCUGGAGGUCUUCACUCUGACGUCCGCACGGCUUCCCCAGUGCCGUAGGGCUUGAGCUGGGAACUGUUGGGGUCCAGCGGUGCUGCUGCUGCCGCGGGAGGAGGGUGCUGGUGGUGACCCCCCAUCUGCGGGCUCUGGCUGCCAGGGCAUGGGGCUGACACGGCGGUGGUGCCGUCUGGGUGGGAGCUGGGAUCUGGCAGCGUCCCCAGGCUCCUCUGCUCCUCCCCGUGCACAGCCGGGCUGGGCAGCACUAGUGGAAGUGGGCUGCUGCUGCUCUGGCUCACGGGGGCCACGGCCAUGACCCAGGAGGGCUUGGCCGCAUCCUGCACAGGGAGGGACCGGGGAGCCGGUGCUGUGCUUGGAGAGGUAGCACAGGGCUCGCUCCUAGAGGCUCUCUGGAAGAGGAAUGGGCAGCGAUUGCAGGCAGGGGGAGAGGGCUGAGCCUGUCGGCACCAGGAGCCGUCUGGAAUUUGGCGAGCUCUGUGCUUGCCAGGGCUCACCCUGCGCUACGCGUGGCCACGAAGGACCGACGUGGGUUCCUGCAGCCGCCCUUCACGUGAACGCAGCCACCACCAACGGUCCCCUGGGAUGUCCCCCAGCGCUCUGUCCCUGCGCUCCCGGGGCUCGGGCAGAGCCUUCUCCAGCAGGAGCUGCGGCACCCUGGCCGGUGGCCCUGGCUGAGCCGGGCCCGGGCUGGCCUUCGAGCGGGUCCUGCCUUGUGCGUGUCCAUCCGUGAGUGUUCCCACCGCACCGUGCCGGGUUCCAUCCGUCUCCCCUGCCUGCAUGCCUGUGGUGUGCUGCCCGCCGGCAGCGUCUGCGCCUUGGUUUUGAGGUUGAAAUAAAGCACUGAGUAUUUUUGUGA